AUGGCUCCUGGAGAAACGGAAAGGGAGGCGGGGCCAGCCAAGAGUGCCCUCCGGAAGGUACGCACAGCAACCCUGGUUAUCAACUUGGCCCGAGGUUGGCAGCAGUGGGCGAAUGAAAACAGCACCCGGCAGGCCCAGGAACCGACAGGCUGGCUGCCUGGAGCAACUCAGGACCCAUCCCACACUCCUAAACCAGGGGUGUGUCCCAGUCCCCACCAGCACGCCCCCAAACCUCCUUCUCCAAAGCCAGAUGGGCACGGAGAGAGACAAUGCUCAGAAGAAGCUGUGGAGGUCUCCCACAUCAAAAGGAAAGAGGUGACCAAAACAGUUGUCAGCAAGGCUUAUGAGAGAGGAGGAGAUGUGAACUAUCUGAGCCACAGGUAUGAGAACGACGGCAGCGGGACCGAGGCUGUUCAGCCAGAGAAUGACAUUGACAGAAUCCUCCUCAGCCAUGACUCGCCGACACGGAGAAGAAAAUGCACCAACCUGGUAUCCGAGCUGACCAAGGGCUGGAAAGUGAUGGAACAGGAGGAGCCCAAGUGGAAGAGUGACAGCAUAGACACAGAGGACAGUGGCUACGGAGGGGACAUGGAGGAGAGGCCUGAGCAAGAUGCCGUGCAGGUGGCUGCUGCCAGGAUCAAGCGCCCCUUGCUCUCCCAGGCAAACAGAUAUUCAGAGACACUCAACUGUAAGGCCCAUCGGAAAUACAGCCAUGUGGACAACCUGAAAGGGAGGUGGCAGCAGUGGGCUGAUGAGCACAUACAGUCACAGAAGCUCAACCCCUUCAGUGAUGAAUUCGACUACGACCUGGCCAUGUCCACUCGGCUACACAAGGGAGACAAGGGCUAUGGCCGUCCCAAGGAGGGAAGUAAGACAGCUGAAAGAGCCAAGAGAGCUGAGGAGCACAUCUACCGGGAAAUUAUGGAAUUGUGCUUUGUGAUCCGCACUAUGGCCCGCCACAGACGAGAUGGCAAAAUCCAGGUUACUUUUGGGGAACUCUUUGAUAGGUAUGUUCGAAUUUCAGAUAAAGUGGUGGGCAUCCUCAUGCGUGCCAGGAAGCAUGGACUGGUGCACUUUGAAGGAGAGAUGCUCUGGCAAGGCCAAGACGACCAUGUUGUGAUUACUCUCCUUGAGUAAGACCUCAACAAAUCAACUCUCCGUUGCUCUCCUGCUAAAUGAUAAUGUAUUACAAGGUAUUGCUGCU